AUGUCAGAGGACUCCCAGGGCCGCCCCAGCGCGGCGAUCGCGGCGCUUGACACCGCCCGCGUGGACGAGCUGGCCAGCGACCUCGUCAGGACGGUCGAAACGGGCCGACGACAGCUGCACGAGGAGAAGGAGAAGCUCAUCUUGGAGUUUGAGGCGUCGCGUGUCCAGCUUCACACGGAGUACUCCCAGAGGCUGCUACAAGCUGACGAGGACCUGCAAAACGUCUUGGAGGAGCGCUCCUCCCGGCGCCAAGCAGCCUCCGUGAACUUGCAAGAGAUCGUCAGCCUGAAUGUUGGUGGCAAAGUCUUCACCGUCAAGCGCGAGACGCUCUGCGUCUGCCGGGGCUCUUUCCUGGCCGAGCUUUUUUCAGGGCGCUGGGAUGGACAGCUGCAGAAGGACGACAUGGGUCAGUUCUUCUUGGACAUUGACCCUGACGUCUUUGACAUCAUCCUGGGUUGGCUCAGGGACUGCAAGAUUGAGAGCCCAACACGGCCUGCGUCAUCCCCCACGGUGCCAGCGGAGCACAUGCAGCACUUCCAGGCGGCAGUGGACUAUCUGGGCCUUCGGCCCUUCCUAGCCGUUGGCGGGCUUGGACCCAACGGCUGGGGCGCAAGUGCAGUGAGCACGACGCCAGAGGCUCCGGCGGAGGGUUCUGGACCUGGCGCCCCCAGCUUCCUCAAGGCAGCAGGCACUCUGAGCUCCUUCCUGUCUUGGCGCUCUUCGAGCUCCUUCAAGCCACCGCCCCGAGCCGCUGAGGCUCCCAUGACUUCCGAUGCAACCAGCGCUGCCAGCGCUGCCAGCACUGCUGGUGCCGCUCCUUCGAAGGUUGUGGGCUGGUCGCAGAGGAGCUCGGAUCCAGCGGUCGGCAGGAGAGAUGACGAGGUGACGUUGGCUUUCAUUCCGGAGACACGUGGCUCUGCCACAGCGCGGGCGACGCGCGGAUUUCAGAGCGGCAGCCACUGCUUCGGAGUGCAGGUCAUUGCGGGCUCCGAUGGCUUUGUCGGCCUCGUCUCCCCACAGUGGACGGCGGCCUCGGCGGCCGCGAUGCCUCUGGGCCGCGCGGCCCACUCCUGGGCUGUCGCCUCCGAUGGCAGUGUCUGGGCCGGGGGGAGGGAGUUGGAGCGUCUCCCAGUGACCUUUGCAGAGGGGAGCUGCAUUGCCUUCGCUCUCGCGCUGCCACCUGCACCAGGCCUCCGCACUGCCACCGCGUACAUAGAUGGCCGGCCCUUCGAGCACGUCUUCACGGACUUGCCCGACACAGUGCAACAAGGAUGGAAUUAUGUCGGGCCAGACCCACCGUAUUGA